CCCCCACUCCCUCCCGCUGAGGCGGUGCCGCCUUUUCCGUGGCGCCUUUCCGGUGAUGGCGGCGGGCGGGAGYGACCCGCGGACGGCUGAUGUGGAGGAGGACGCCUCGCAGCUCGUCUUCCCUAAAGAAUUUGAAACUGCGGAAACCCUUCUGAAUUCRGAGGUGCACAUGCUGCUAGAGCACCGCAAACAGCAGAAUGAGAGUGCAGAGGAUGAGCAGGAGCUGUCAGAAGUCUUCAUGAAAACCCUGAACUACACAGCACGCUUCAGCCGCUUCAAAAACCGUGAAACCAUUGCCAGCGUGAGGAGUUUACUGCUCCAGAAGAAGCUCCACAAGUUUGAAUUGGCAUGUUUGGCUAACUUGUGUCCUGAGACAGCUGAGGAAGCAAAAGCUCUYAUUCCUAGCCUGGAGGGCCGGUUUGAAGAUGAAGAAUUACAACAGAUUCUCGAUGACAUUCAGACUAAACGCAGCUUCCAGUACUAGGGUUAACCCUCAACCCCUUUAUCUGAACAGAAGAACCUGAUGACUUAGGCUGUUUCUCAGGCCUGUGCAUCAGUCCAGCUCCCAGCUGAGCAAGGGUAGUUGUGCAUGCAGGGUAACUCCAGUGCUGUGUUGCCACAGGUGCAUUCAGUCUGGAGGUCAGCAUCGUCCUUUUGGUUUGUUCUGUGUGUAUGUUGGCAAGGACCUCUGCACUGCGAGAGCAAAGAACUUACAAGGCCUUUUCCCAGUGGCUCAAGUAUUUGUUUCUUCCCUAAUCCCACUCCUCAGUUUGUAAAUUUUCAAUGUUUCUGGUUUUUAGCAGAAAUAUAGAUGUGAUUUCAUGUUUUUUAAGAACUUCUAAAGCUAAAGGAUGGGGAAACAUGUUCUUGGUUCUCAGAAGGUUCGGUGAUGGGCAGCAUCAAUUCCCGAGUUGUUUUUGUUCAUUUGUUUUAUUGCUUGAUCAGGACAGUAAAUUUUACAGCUUCGAUAUUUUUCUAUUAUUGUUUAGUGUAAAUUAAAAAAAUAUUUUAAAUUUAAAUUU